AAAAAGCUCAAUCGUGUAGUAAUCUGCGUUCAGUCUUCGAUUAUGGAAAUUAAGCAACUGUUGCAAAGGGCGGUCAUCGAAUGGGUGACCGAAAAUUUAUUAUCUUUAUGAAAAAGGGACUAAGUGGGAAAAUGAAAAAAAAAAAAACUGGUGACAUGAGAAUUUGCUAUAACAGAAUAAUUUUUCAUUAAUAAUAUUUUUUUUUUCAGGUUUUAUAUAUUUCGUUGUUCUUAUUGCAAUGUAUGGCUACAUUGAAUUCUACAAGUCCGACAACACUUGAUGUGUAUGUGCUUAAGAUUCAUAUACUUUUACAUAUUUUAUUUGGAUCAUUGGAUAUUUCUUAUACAUCGUUGUUUCAAAAAAUGCCCCAACUAUGAGUUUGUGAUUGUUGUUAACUAUAUAAUACACGGUAAUUUCACACGCGGUCGGACAAUUUAUAAAAAACGAGUACACCAUAUUAUUCCAAAAUGUCAAAUUUGCGAUGUUCAUCUUUUUGAAAUAUAUUUAGCAAAUUAGAUAUUCUGAUAUGUUAUUGAUUGACUUUUGGUACUAUGAUGAUGGUCUUUCGAUUGUGCAUAAAAUGUUAAUGUCAUUGAGUGACAUAGUUGACCUAUUUUAACUAUGUUAAUUAAUUUUAAUUCGGAAAUUAAUUUUAAUUAUACCACUUGUCUUCAUCUAAUAUUAAGUAGUAUUCAUUCUCAAUAAAUAUUGUGAUCUGAUAUUCGAAUAACUGUUGAUAAACGAUAAAUAAAAAAAAAAAGUUGUUUGAUUAUAAUUUAGAAAUAUAAUUACAUUUACAAAAAUAAGAUAAUUUAAAUAUUAAUUUUAGGGGCAGUAGCAAUAAAGAUAACACUGCAUUUGUUAAUGAAGUAAUACCUAUACCAUUGAAGGCACGUCGUAAAGCAUCUUUGAUUAUAAAUCCAAGAAUGGGAUUACGGUCCGGUAAAAAUAAUAUAGUUGAUAGCCUUUUGUACGUCGAAUAUGAUAACAAAGGUAAAAUAUUAAAUCGAUUUCCGAUGAGAAGUCUAGCUGAUGUAAAACAUUUCUUCGAGAUUAGCCGGGAUGUUGAAAUUUGUUACGAUUAUUGUCCUGGAGAAGAACCUCUGAUUGAGAGGUCUGGAGCUGAACUUUUCGACUUGAGUUCAACGUUAUCGACCGUUAACGGCCCUCAACCAAUUAGUGAAGCAGCGAUUGCUGGCGGUAUUCGGAGCGAGAGGUCAUCUGUAGUCUGAAAAUAUCAUACAAUUUAGAUGAAAAUGUGUUUAUUGUCACAUUGUGUUUAUUGUUAUUAUUAUUUUUUAAUUUAUACAAAAAAAAAACAAAUGGCAGCAUUUCAAUAUUUCAUAUCUUGUUUAAUAUAUUUUUAGUAAUAUGAUUGCCAAUAAAUGUCUUAGAGUAUAAAUGUAUCAAAUAUUUUAUUUUAUAAAUCUAUAGCGUAUUCAUUUCUAUUCUUGUUGCUUACCUUAUGAUAUAUGAAUAUAUCAGGAAUAGUCUUAAAUAAUAAUAUAAGACCAUUCUAGAAUGAUCACCACCAACACACCGAUUUAAAUGUCAGAAUCAUCUAUUUGAAAAGUUAUAUAAUAAUCUUAGUAUUAAAAUCAAGAAUUGAUACCUAAUUUCCGGUAUUAAGUUAUUGCGUUUACACAAUGUUUUUUUUAUUCAAUUUUAUAGUAAAUUACCUUAUAAUAAAUAAAUAUAAUGAAUUUAUUUACCGUUUCAUAAUCUUCAGUGUUUUCGGUGUAUGACGUAAUUGAAUUUUCAUUGAAAUCUUUAGUAUUAUUUUUCGGUGUAGGUAUUGUUUGAUCUUCAUUAAUCCAAUUGCUAUUAGGAUCUUUGUUUCUAUUGUGAUCACUAUUGACACUAAUGUUCUCUUUAAAACGGUUAUUAAUGCCUUUUUUAGGGAAUAUAUCAUCAAUGAGUCUUUUAUAUUCAGCACAUUCUGCAGCGUUUAAUGUUAAACAAUCUGUUUUGACAUCAUUCCUAGUAUUUACUGCAUAAUUUUCUGUUGUUGAGAAAAUAUAAUGUUCUGUGAUUGCUGAUUCUGGUACUGUUUUGGUAUGAAGUCUGUAGAUAGCGAUGUUAGUGCUUGGUGUGGUGCUGUAAUGAAUUUAAAAUUGUAAUGUGAAUUGCAUAUUUGCUUAAAAUAAUUUUACAUCAAAGAAACAUAAGCACAAAUAAUAAGGAAGAUCCGUCAAGUAUCAUCCAUUUAGUGUAAAAAUCUUGAGUGUGCAAAAUUGUGUGUUUAUUAUAUAUACUGCUCAACACGAUUUAGGAAUAAUUUUUAUUAGAGUGAAUCACAAAAAACUAUAAGAAAUCAAAUAAAAAAAAAGAAUGCUAUAACUGUUCAGAAACAAUUCCAAAUUCGUAAAAAAAAAAAGAAUUGAAGACAUACGUGAAAUACACGAUUUGUUCAGUAGAACGUGAUAUCAUAGUAGUUACGGUUAUACAGAGGAUACAGUGAUUAAAAAAAUAUAAAAUAAAAUUUAUCAUAUUGUUUCUGUUUCUACAACAGCUUAAGUGGUAUGAUGACACUUUAUUAUGACAUAAUUAAUUUCUAAUGACAUAAUUAAUAAAAAUGUUUAUUUUUCAAAACUUAGUCUAAUUACACUAGGCGUUAGGACCUUCCUUUCGAACAACAAUAUUUUAAUAAUUUACCAUGUUAUAAUAUUUUUUUUUUUUGAAAACUUGGAUUGGGAAUGAUUGGGAAAGGGAUGAUAAUGGAUAUUUAUGAUACCCCUGUUGGCAAAGUGGGGUAUUUCAUAUGGGUC